AUGACCCAACUCUUCAAGAAAGCCUUUUCGAAAGUUAUGGAUGUCAUCAGUUCUAAUCCAGAAUUCGAUGAUGUUAUCGAUGCCCUCAAGAAGAUGAGCAAAAACGAACGCGAAAUGAUUGAUGGCAUGUCAAAUGCUUUUGGCGAGCCAUACGAUAUCUUUGUCAAGGGACAGAACCCAGCUAUCUCCAACUCUCUUCAGCCAAUUGGCCAAUCAAUGAAAAAGCAAAUCAAGGCAAUGAAUGAAUGCUUUGAACGCAUUUCAACAUUGCCAGAUGUUUUAAGCCCACUCAAGGCAGAUCACAGAGAAUUCGUUAAAGCACACAAGGAUCACUUCGAUCUUGUUGAACAGCACAACAAGACUGUUUCAGAUGUUGCAAAAGCACGUGAAUUCUAUGAGAAGCAACAAACAGGUUCUCCAUAUCGCCUUACAGCAGAGGAAAGCCUCAAGAACGCUGAAGCUAAAGAAGCUGAAGCAAAAGCUGCUCUCGACAAAUCUCUCGGGACUUACUCUUCUGCUCUUCACGAAUACGAAGACAAAUUCAUCGAACAGCUUACAACAAUUCUUAGUACUGCUGCAGCUGAACGCCAGAAACUUGCCGCUGAGCAACGUGCAAUUGCUAACGACAUUUCAGAAUCUAUCAAGACUAUCGCGUCAUACAAUGAUAAGACAAUCCCAAGACUGAAACAAGCCUUAAAGAACCUCGAUUACGAAGUCGUUGACUAA